AUCCUAUGCACCCCCGAAGCCACAUCAUGUCCGAGCGCGUGACUUGCAAGUUCUUCAUGCACAGUAGAAACUCGCUCGCAGCAGUCCUGUCGUUCUUCGACUCAUUGGCGACUUUGGACGUGCUCUUCACGAGACGUCCGUACAACUUCAACCCUGGCUUGUCACGUCUGAACACAAUGACGCGUACAGAGGUCCGGCGGUCAUCGCGCAAGAACUUGGGUCAUCCGCAUCCGACCCGCAUAUGAAGCUUUUUUUUCCUCGACAAACCCAAUUACUAGUUUAGCUACCUACCACGGAUCUCUCUAUUCCGGUUCUUCGCUCAAGCCUGAC